GCGCUCCCGAAGACUUUCGACCAUGUUCCUAAUGUCUCUACUCUCGUUCAGCGUCCUGCGGUCUUUGUUUAUCUCUGCGCUAUGUCUCUCCUUUUCUGCCUAUCUCUACACGUUCAUCUCCUAUUGCCGUUCCAUGGGCACCAAAACCGUCUUGACCGUCAUGAAAGAAGAAUGUUGGCUUUUCGUGCGCUGUCCACAAGAGCUCGCCGAAGAGACGGCGAAAACUCGCCCGCCUAUUCCCCGGCGUAAAGUUUUCAUCCCUCCACCUCCCGGGUAUAUGCGCGUAUUGUUUUAUACCCACCCGCGGUACGCCACAAGCAAUCGGGAUCCAUGCUUCGAACAUGACUUCCAGCUGACUGGUUCCGGAGAUCUCAAUAUGAUCCAAGUUCAAGAGACCUUCGGUCUAGAGACCUGUUCGAUCAUUAGCCCUUCCGGAAAGAUCGUCUGCAAAGACGUCAACUUUCAACUUAUUUUUUACCAUGCUAUGUUAAACCUAUGUGAUUCGAAUGGGUGUUUGAGAGUCACUGAGCCGUAUGUCUCCGACUCUGUGCGGAUGCAACGCAACGUUCGUUGGGCUAUGCUUUCCUUGCCUCGGUCCAUUAUCCUUCUCGUGUGUGCCGUGUGUGGCAUCUUAUACGAUCUGACACUACCUAUCAUCGUCAUGAGCGACAACAUUCUGAAGGAGAUAGGCCCAUUGGACGAGAUGCCGAAGAGUAUUGUCUAGAGGUGCGAGGCGAUGUUUUCCCGACAGAUCUAAACCGACCACUGAACAGAACGCCGUUUAUGUUUAUCGUUCUGUUCCUAUCCUGUAUGCCAAAAUCGUCGUUAUUGUAUUUGUAUUACAGUAUGCGCCCUCUGGGUAAUAUAUGUUUCGUCAACCAACAC